AUGGUCGUCCAGGUCUUCAACGCCACGCAAGAGGGCCUGGCUACGACUGCAGAGCUCGACGAGGCGUUCGCGAACUUCCUCGAAAGCCCCGGAUGGCGGGAGCUUCAAACUCGCACGGCACGACGGCUCUGCGAUGGGUCCUAUACUUUUGAUGGUGACUGCAGCAAGCCACCGCCACCCCACUUGAGCUUCGCUGGCAACCUGAUUCAAAAGCUGCUCGGGCGACUUGAGUCCGACCACGCGGGCCAUGCCGUCGUGCCAAUGCAGGCGUUCUUGUGCCUUUACGAGGAUGGUCAGGACGCCUGCCCGAAUCACGUCCACGACUGUCGGCAGCUGACUUUGUCACUGGGUGCAGAAAGGUUUGUUGCUGUGGAGGGCGAGAAGAUACUCAUGAGGCCGGUCGAUGGGCACGCCAUGCCCCACACCAUGGGUCUUGUACUCUGGUCCCGUCCGAGGUUCCUGCCUAAACCCUAA